UUGUUCUCUGGGGAUUGUAAUUCUGACGGAACUUCCGCUUUUUACCGGAUGUUCCCGAGCAUAAUACAAGCAUCUGUUGGGUGCAGAUCUGGGAAUGUGUUUCGCCUGUAUUACAAGGGACUGUUCAUUUGAACCAGAAGGUAAAAACAGCAACACGUUCUUGUUUUUCUAAAACCACGCGCCAGGUCUCCGGCAGUCACCUAAGUAACGCAGAGAGCUGUUGCUGUGCCUUCUGACAUCUUGAGUUAUGAUGGAGCGAAGAAGAGUCUUAACUAUUCCUUUUACCUCUAAAAAAGACCACCUGGGAUGUCCCGAUACGACUUUUUCUCUUCCGAUAUGAUACCGAUAUUGCAGCCUUCAUUUUGACUGAUAAUGAUAUCAAUCUGAUACUAUAUCAGCACAAAUCACACAUACUUUUACCUAUUUUUUAGUGUGGAAUGUAAGAAAGGCCUGAUCAAGUGAUAUUUCUCAAACAGAGAACAAAAGCCAGCAACAAUUAAAAAUCCUCUCAAAAUCCCCAUGGCAUGCCUUCCACCAGAGUGUGAAAAGUUAGAACAACAGGUUCCACGGACUGCGUUUGCAGGCUGCAAAUACAAAUCUAAAAAUUCACAACAUAAAAAUGGAUCUGUGAUAGUUGAUCGCAGACAUGCAGAUUUUAUAUCUCAAGAAAUGACUAGGAGGAAACCAUGUCUCAUCUUAACGGAUGUCCUGAAAACAAAAAUGGGAAAGGAUUUUAAAAGAAGGGUAAGAAUGAGUAGUUUAACUAGAAAAAGAGGACGACAGAGGAAGAACGGUGAGGAAAGCAACAAAGAAGCACUGAUCAGCAGGAACACUCGGUCUGUUCAGAAAGAAGCAGCAAAUAAUACCAGAAGCAAGAGUUUACCUCUAGAGAGCAGCUUGAAGAUCACCACCCCCUCUUCUCAAAGAAAAGGAGCCAAGAAAAGACAAAAAAAGUCUCAGGAGGACAAAGCAGAAAGCCUAGAAGCUGAAGAGGGGAUGGUAGAUGGUGAUGGUGGUGAAGAAGCAGAAGAAACGAUUGCUGAAGUGUUAGAUUGUGUGUUGUCUUCAAAGCCUGCUGGAGACACAACAAGCUGUGACGAGUUGUCCUCAGACAGCGUCGAAGACAGGCCCACAGCCACAGUAAAAACCAAGCAGCAGUUGAAGCGUAAAAAUAAGCCGCUUGGCUUCCAGUUCAACGGCAGAAGCAGCUCUAAACGUCUCUGCAAGAGCGUGCUUCGCUUGUCUGGUGAAGAUGGAGGACAGCUUUCUUUCUCUGGUGACGAUGGAGUAGAGGCUUCUUUUUCUGGAGAGGAUGGGAUAGACGGAGGACAAGUUUUUGCUUCUGUUAGCCUGGAGGACAGUGAGGAACAUAUAAAUCUGGAGAACAUAGACCACUGCAUUCUGCAGUUUACAGUUGGAGGAGACGACGGGACGGAGGCUUUAGUUCCAGUCAUAACUCCUAAUGUGGAAUCCAGGCUUGACGGUACGACGCAGACCAGCCCCUCUGAACCCAUUGUGUUGUCCAGUGAUGAUGAGGAGUCUAAUAACAAACCUCAGCGCAGCAGCGAGGUGAUCUUUCCGGUGUCUGACACGACCAUACAGGAGUCUGUCUCCAAAUGGAUGGAUGCUCCAGACUUACAGGACCAGCAGCGAGCUGUGGACGAGUCUCCUUGCUCAGGACCAGCCUCUCCUCUCCCUGAAGAUGAUUACUCGUGUUUGAGUGUGGCCUUUUGCUCCCUGCGCUGUGGAGGUUACAAAGCAAGAGCCAACGGAAGCUUCGUGAUAGCCAAACACAAAAUCAUCAUCCCUCUGAAAGAUACAAGCCAGCAGCAGAAUGGGACGGUGAGUUUUGAGCGCAGAGAGCUGAGGAGGUACAGCAUUUGGACUCAGCAGGAGAUGGAGGUGUGGGAGUUUCACUUUGAAGACGACGGGGAGCCCUUUUUUGGCAUCCUGCUGUUAUAUGUGUCAGAAACAGCUGCAGCGGCUUUACGGGAGGACCUUAGUCAGCUGAGUGUCGAAGACGAUGGAUUCAUAAAUACAGGGAAAGCCAGCCCUUUUGUCCUGCUCACUCUCAAAGAUCCUUUGGAGGGAAUGGAAGGAGCUUUGCUGCGUUCUGUGCUGGAUCUCGACUGCAUCAACAGCAUGACAGAAAUCCUUCCAGCCCACGGUGACGAGGGACAUUUUAGCAUGGAGGACCUUGAUACUCCGGUCCUUUCUCUGGACAGCAGCAUAGAGCUGAUUAGGAAGACUGGACUGGACUCACACCUGCUCUCCAUGCUGGGCAUAAAGGACUCUGAGUGUAAACCGGCGGAGGAGCAGGACAGUUCAGAUAACGAUGGAAACGAAAUCCCCACAGCCCAUAUCUGGCUGGAUACGGACUUCCAGAAGGAGUCAAAUCCGGAGAAGGAUCCGGACCCAGAAGAAGACACGGAGACACAAGUUGAACCAAAUAAGGACCCGGAACAGGAAGUUCAGAAGUCCCCUGAUAACCCAAAGGAGGAGGCCCAGCUCGUCUACGCCGUUUGCCAUCGUAGAUCAAAAGACUCCUACUCUGUAUUUCUGCAGAAACCCGACUCUAACUGGAUCAAAUUUAAACAUCGAGGUCUUGCUCGAAGGUUGAUACAGUUCCCCCCACCCCCGCAGAAAGGAGGAAUAACCGUCACCAUGGAAGACCUGCGGUGCCUUGACAGUGGGCAGUACCUUAAUGAUGUCAUCAUUGAUUUUUACCUGAAAUUCCUCAUCCAGAACGCGUCCGCUGACUUCACUGAGCGCUGCCACAUCUUCAGCAGCUUCUUCUUCAAGCAGCUGACGCGCCGGGACAAUGCCAGUGAAGGUGUUAAAAAUGACUCUUGUCAAAGGCAGAGGCGGCACCAGCGAGUGAAGACGUGGACUCGACACGUGGACAUCUUUAAAAAGGACUUUGUGUUUGUGCCUGUCAACCAGGAGUCUCACUGGUAUUUAGUUGUGAUUUGCUUUCCUGGCCUGGAGGAGUCCAAACUGGAAGACUGGACAGGCGACCUGGACGAUCAGAACGAGUCCCCAGAGUCUAACGCAGAAACAGCAACCACGCAAAAAUCCAGUGACGGCAUGGACUCGGAGACGGAAAAGAAUGGAGCAAAAUCCACAACAAAGGCGCAACUGUGUCAGAUUAGUUGCACAAAGCUGACAUGCCAGAGAAAGACCGUUUGCAAAAGGCCGUGCAUUCUCAUCAUGGAUUCCCUCAAGCUGUCUCUUCAUGAGCGAGUCUUCAAACUUCUACGAGAGUACUUGCAGUCAGAGUGGGAGGCUCGUCGUGGAUCAUCCAGGGAUUUUGGUCCUGAUCAAAUGAAGAGCUCACACUGCAAAGUUCCACUUCAGGACAACAGCACCGACUGUGGCCUUUAUCUCCUUCAAUACGUCGAGUGUUUUUUAAAGGACCCUGUGGUGCACUUUGACCUCCCUCUACACCUGCAACAGUGGUUUCCACGGCAGCUGAUCCGGAACAAACGUGAUAAAAUCCGAGACCUGAUCUUAAACCUUUAUAGACACCAGAACCUGGAAAACAAUAAAAAGUAGAGGCUCUCCACGUUCCUGUAGCUGGUUCACAUCACUGCUCAUACUGAACUCUUCUGUUCCAACUGUUUUAUUUUUUAUUUUCAGGACUAAGAAAAGGAUGGUUAAAACAUGUGUACAUACAGCCAAAAAGACCAAAAAUAUGUUGCUACAUACUAAUGUUUGUACACCCCAAGGUUUUUUAUUUUAUUUUAUUUUUAUGCUAUUUAGAUCUUUUCUAAUGCUUUAUGUAGCUUUUGUUUCUCUAAGGUCACAUCAAAUGUUAGUUGAACUUGUGAAAUUGUGACAGUGGUAAACGGUAGCCUAAUAAACUUUGUUGAGGUUUGUUUAAAUUUGAGAAUGUUUGACUAGUUUGGUCCAGUUUUCAGCUUUUCGUGUGACUUAGUUAUAUCUGUUGGAUCAAAACCUUUGUGUUUGUUUCAGACAGCACAAAGCGACAACUCUCUAAAGCUACGUGAAACUUUUACAGCUUUAAACUAAAUAUUCAAGCUAACAGCUAUCCACUGUCAUCUGAAUACAUGAUAUUAUUAUCAUAAUUUAUAUGUUUGACAAGCAUCAAGUUUUUAGUUCUAAUUUUCUUAAUGUACAGGAAAACAAGGAGAAAUAUUUGGUAUUUUUUUACAUAUGAGAUCAAGAAAGAUCCAGUUUGCAGAAACCCAACCCAUAUAACACUUAACACUCUAAAUUAAUUGCUUUUUUUAUUUUGUGUAAAUUCAUCUUUAGAACUAAUGAUGUAUGAAAAUGAUAAAAAAAAAUGUUUCUUUUAACACGGUAACCUCCCGUUAUAGGCUGGUCUUUUGUUUUAGAAAAUAUGCUGAACGAAUGUUGAUUUUAGAAACCAAUUUAGUUUCAGUUGUGUAUUAAAACUCAUGCAACAAACUA